AUGUCCAGCCCUUCCGAAGAUGUCGCCGAGGUCUUUGAAGAAUUGGGGUCCCUAGAAAAAGAGUUUGCGGAAGUUGAACUCGACAUACUGCGAAGGAAAGAAUUCUCUCUGAGACCGCUAUACUUCAAGCGCAAUACCCUGAUCGAUCGCAUCCCAGAUUUUUGGCCCACAGUAUUCGGGAAUGGACCGGAAGAAAUCCAACAAUUCUUCUCACCCGCUGACCUCGCCCUCAUCUCUUCCCUCAAGUCAUUCUCGGUUGAAAGAUACCAGAUCGAGUCGGAAACGAAAGGAGAGCCUCGCAGCUUGCGGUUCACAUUCGAAUUCGCAGAGAAUGAAUUCAUAGAGAAUAGACAAUUGGUGAAGGAUUUCGAGUACAAGCCGCGAGAAGAUGGUCCGGGAAGUCUGGUAUCGAAACCGGUCCCUAUCAAGUGGAAAGGCAAGCAAAAAGAUGUCACUCACGGCCUUCUCGAUGCGGCUGUUGAGCUCUAUUCGGCAGAGGAAGCCUUGAAACUCAAGAAUGGCGAAAAAAGGGUCGACAUGGUGGAGCGAGAGUCGCUUUGGCAGCACGAGAAGCUGCGGGAGAAGAUGAUCCAGCUUGACGAAAGCCCUGAAAAAGAAGCAAGCUUCUUUAACUGGUUCGGGUUCCGCGGUGCUGUGAACACGGAAACACCCCAAAAAUCGGCCACAAACGGAGCGACUGGUGCCGGUGCCGAUGCCGACGAGGAAGAUGAAGACGAGGUUGAGGAGAUGUUGGAAGUCGAGAUAUUCCCGGCGGGCGAAGAGCUCGCCAUCUCCCUGGCUGAAGAGCUGUGGACAGACGCCAUGGAUUAUUUCAUGUCUGCUCAGGACGAGGCUCCCUUUGACAGCAACGGCUUCGAGAUCGAGGAGGACGAAGAUGACGAAGAAGUUCCCGAAUUGAGUCCAGCGGUGGAGGACCAAGACGACCGACCCCGCAAACGACAACGGAAGGACUGA